AGUAAUAUCAUGGUCGUUACGACUUGACGAGUUUAAAGUGUUUAAACAGUAUAGACUACAACUGACGCAUAGUAGAAAAUGAUUUAACCACAACUGCUGUAGUCAUAGAAAACAUAACACUGUGCUUAACUCAAAUUUUUGGCUAUUACAAAUAAUUUUUAUUUGCAUUUUUAUUGUUAUACAUAGCGUUCGGUGUACAAAAUAAUUUUCCGGUGUUUUGAAUUUUGAUAACGAAAGUCAUAUUAUACUAUACUGUAAGUUUGUCGUGCGCGUUAUUAGGUAACGGUUAAUCGCCGGUAUUUUAGUCCGUGGAUUUAAUAUAAACAUUUUUAUAAUUAAUUUGACGUAGUAAAAAGGUACGAUUAAUAUGUGUUCUCUAAGAGAUUUUCCUGAACUACGGGAUUACAGUCUCACAGAUAAGAACGCUUCCGUGCCAUUUGUUAUUAAAAGAGUAAAACCUGAGGCAAUUGGUUACCCAAAUAUUGUGGUACAAUUGAAAGGAGAUCAAAAUCCUGAACCUUUAUUUUUACCAACUUCAGGACUAACAACAUUACAACAAAUUUUAAGUAAAUUUGCCGAGGAAAAUUUCUGGACUGCUUGUGAUGAACUAACAAAAUAUUUUAAAAGAAAUUCCAGUAAUUUUUCAGUUCUUUUAUAUUCAUUAGGACUAUUUAUGAAAUUUUCUCCUCGUGCAAGUUUGAAGGGCCCUGAAAAUUUGGUGUUAACAGAUAUAAGUAGAACAAAAUUAUGGUCAUCUAGUGUAGUGCGUUGUAUGUCAUGGCACCCACAGAUAACUAAACUUGCUAUUGCUUCUUCCCAUGAUAUUAUUUAUGUUUACAAUCGAAAAGGUUCUGAAGCAAAAAUAAAAUGUAAAUCUCAGAGAGCCAUUUUAUCAUUAGCUUGGAGACCGCUAAGUAUUGGUACUUUAGCAGUUGGAUGUGAAAAAGGAAUUUUCAUCUGGACAAUUGAGUUUAGCAACAUACACGUAAGACCAACAGUAAAUAAUUUUUGCAAAUUUAUCAGAGAUGAUCAUAGAUAUAUUACUGGAUUAUCAUGGAAUAAAAUGGGUGAUCUUUUAAUAUCCAGCGCAGUGACUUCUAAAACAAUGUAUAUUUGGAACUAUCCUUUAGAAACCUGUGUACCAUUACGUAGAAUUAGUUCUGACACAUUAAACUUUGUACAUUGGUCGCCUGAUAAUACUAAAGUUUUUUCCUGUUCAACUAAUGAAACAUUUAGAAUUUGGUCCACUGAUAACUGGACUUCAGAUAAGUGGUCUUUGAAUAACCGAUCUAGAGUACAAUGUGCAUGUUGGUCACCUUGCAGUUCAGUUUUAUUAUUUGCAACUGAUUCAUGCUCUAUUAUAAAUGCUAUUGACUUUCGAAAAUCAGAUGUGUUCAAUGGAUCAAGGAAUUACAAAAAAGUUGCAUGGCCUAUAAUUGAUAUCAAAAGUGAAUGUAUAAAUGAUAAAGUAAUUGGUGGAACACUUUCUGACAUGUGCUGGGAUCAGAAUGCUCAACGUUUAGCAAUAACUUUUAAAAAUAGUGGGACUCUAGUUGUAUUCCAAACUGCUAUAAGUGAAGCUGUUGUAGAUUGUAUUCCAUUUUGUAUUAUUCAAGGGCGGCUUGAUGAAGAACCUUCUACAAUCGCAUUCCAACCAACUUACGAAAAAGGGUCUUUAUUAACAAUUGGUUGGUCGAACGGGAAUAUUGAAUAUGUGCCAUUUGAAUACACUUGUAAGCCAAAACAUGAUAUUGAAAUAAUUGGAUCAAAUGUGUUUGGUAUUAACAAUGAUAAAAAUAUCUCUGGUCGAGCUAGUAUGUCAGCUACAACUAAUUCAUUCAUUGAAUAUUUGUUAAACUAAUUUAAAAUUUAUGGUUUUUUUUUAAUGUUUGUUUUUAAUCACAAGUUUAAUAGAAAAUUAACUAAUAUUAUAAUACAAUUUCAAUGCUGAUAAAACAUUAAAUUCUUACCAUAUUUUUAUUGUAUAUAUUUGAUUAAUUUGAUGAAACGUAUGUUACAAUUAUACUAAAUUGAUGAUAGAAAUCUAUUCAUUGACAAGAAUUAAGACUACUUGCUUUGAUCAGUGAAAUAUGUCUUCUCUAUUGGGUGUAAUAAUAUAAUGUGUUAGAAAAUUGACUAAAUUCUGUUUUAAAUAUUUUACUUUGUCCUAUAAUAAAAUUAUUCAUUUCAAAUUC